UAGCAGUCGGUGAGCACCAGCACAACACCGAGCCACUGACUGACUGACAGCCGCCUGACAGCGCGCAUCCGGCGGCGUGCAAGUGCUCGGCCCCCCCUGGAGCGUGUGGGAGGACGAAGAGGAGGAGGGAGAAGUUUUAGCAGCCACCUCAAAAAAGGACGCGCUCAGUCCUAGAAGCGGAGAGAGGAAGCGAAAGACGAUGCCUGCUGACGUUCUCCCACACUCACACAGUGCGCGGUGGAUUUGCCCCAAUUAAUAUUAUUAAUAUUAUACGACUUCCCCCUAAGUUCUUCGGCGGUACAGUGGAGACAUUACCAGAGUCGGAGGAUGCUCCCACAGGUCAUCCGGAUCCUUUACGUCUUGUCUUUCUGCUUUUUCCAAGGAGGCUUCAUCAGACUGAGCUCCUGUAAGGAGGAGAUAAAGCCCCCCAGCAGGGUACCACAGCUGUCGCCUUCAGACUUCCUGGACAAGCUCAUGGGUAGAACAUCGGGCUACGAUGCCCGCAUCAGACCCAACUUCAAAGGCCCGCCUGUGAAUGUCACCUGCAACAUUUUCAUCAACAGCUUUGGCUCCAUCACGGAAACCACCAUGGACUACAGGCUCAACGUCUUCCUGCGACAAAACUGGAACGACCCCCGUCUGGCAUACAGCGAAUACCCAGACGACUCCCUGGAUCUGGAUCCGUCCAUGUUAGACUCCAUCUGGAAACCCGAUUUGUUUUUCGCCAACGAGAAGGGGGCCAAUUUCCACGAGGUCACCACUGACAACAAGCUACUACGGAUCUUCCAAGACGGCAGCGUUCUGUACAGCAUCAGGCUGACUCUCAUCCUGUCCUGCCCCAUGGACUUGAAGAAUUUCCCCAUGGACAUUCAGACGUGUACCAUGCAGCUUGAGAGCUUUGGCUACACCAUGAACGACCUCAUCUUCGAGUGGCUCUCUGAAAAUCCUGUCCAAGUGGCCGACGACCUCACCCUGCCGCAGUUUGUGCUCAAAGACGAGAUGGAUUUGGGCUACUGCACCAAAUAUUACAACACAGGUAAAUUCACCUGCAUCGAGGUGAAGUUCCACCUGGAGCGUCAGAUGGGCUACUACCUGAUCCAGAUGUACAUCCCGUCGCUCCUCAUCGUCAUCCUCUCCUGGGUGUCUUUCUGGAUCAACAUGGACGCCGCGCCCGCCAGAGUAGGUCUGGGCAUCACCACCGUGCUCACCAUGACCACGCAGAGCUCCGGGUCGCGGGCGUCGCUGCCAAAGGUGUCCUACGUGAAGGCCAUCGACAUCUGGAUGGCGGUGUGCCUUCUCUUCGUGUUCGCCGCCCUGCUGGAGUACGCCGCCGUCAACUUUGUGUCCAGGCAGCACAAGGAGUUCAUCAGGCUGAGGAAAAAGCGGCGACAGCAAAGAAUCGAACUCGCCUGUCUGAACGGGAGCGUGGAGUCGAUGCGGAAUGUGAACAGUGACAUUCCCGCUAGCGAUUGCACCUGCACGAAUGUGACGCACCACUGCAACGCCUGUAUCAGGGAGGAGGAGCUGGUGAGGGAGAGUCGCGGCUUCUACUUCCGGGGUUACGGACUGGGCCACUGCCUGCAGUCGAAGGACAACGCCGUGGAGGGCGCCACCGUCUACGGACCCCCGCCCCCCGUGACGGCGUACGACGGCGAGCAGGUCCACAAGCGCUUCGUGGACCGGGCCAAGCGCAUCGACACCAUCUCCAGGGCCGUCUUCCCGCUCAGCUUCCUCUUCUUCAACGUCUUCUACUGGCUCACCUUCAAAGUGCUGCGGCACGAGGACGUCCACGCUAAUUUGUAAGCGCCCCCACCCCCUCCCCCCUCCCCGCCCGCGUCCGCUUCGGACUUCGCCAGGUUUGCCUCCCAGGCGGAGAGGGGGACACGAGUUCCUCUCCGAAUCGGGAAUGAACGCUACGCUCGGGUUCUCAAGCCAAAAAAAAAUAAGGAAAAACGGUUACAAGUUGAGCUGAGGGGAUUGAGGGGUGGCGUUGUUGCCGUUGGCGACCGCCCCCGCCUCCAGCUGGAAUCCUGGACACAAAAGUCUAGAUUCUAGGGCGAGUGAGGACUUCAGGGUGGAGCCUGCUGGCAUGAGACUUGGAUUUGGACAUCCCUGAAUGUUUUUGACAAUUCUAACAACUUUGGGGGUUUUCGACACUUUUGUGUAGGAAAAUGGUCUUUGAUAUUUCUUUACAAAUAUUCACUAAGUGGUGACUUUAGCUACUUCUGAGAUGAUAUACAUGCAGAGUGUCAAUGAUAUGAUAAUAA